AAUACUGCAGACUCCGUUGGAGUCCGAGCAGGAGUGCUCUCUGACACUACACAGACGUGACUACACAGAAAAUUUGAACAUCCGCAUUCCUUACAGGUGCAUGAUACGACUAUGUCUUCACCAGUGAUGGAGCCAGCCGAUGAGUCAUUCCGCAUAUCUGAAGACGACAGUUUUGAAUGUGGUGUGCCCUCUGCUUCACCAAUUGAUCAGAAGAAGUACAUCGUAUUUGAAGCUCCAUUGUUAGAACUGUUCGAGAAAUGCAGGACUUGCGGUGCGGCGUGCAAAGUGGGCACAGAGGUUCGAGGGACACUUCUCACCGUAAAAGCUGAGUGCCCAAGUGAGCACACUUUAUCUUGGAAAAGCCAGCCAGAGGUGAACAGGAUGGCUGCAGGAAACAUCUUGCUGUCUGGCGCAAUACUUUUCAGUGGGGCUAGUGCAACCAAGGUUCUCCGGUUACUCGAGUCAAUUAAUGUUCAGGUGAUCUCGAAGGUAGCAUACAACACCUACCAGAGAGGGUGCCUACUCCCUGCCGUGACACAGGUCUCGACUACAGAAAGAGAAUGCCUGCUCUCGUCACUUCAAGACAGGAACGUGGACCUUUUGGGUGAUGGCAGGUGUGACUCCCCUGGGCACUCUGCUAAGUACCUCACAUACAGCUUUAUGGAUGCAGCAUCACAGAAGAUCAUCAACUCUGUGCAAAUUCAGGUCGGGGAGUCAGAAGAUAUUAGAUCCAGCAGCCACAUGGAAAAGGCCGGGUUCAUAAGGUGCCUGGACGAAGUGAAGUGCAAGGGCAUUACAGUUGCAUCUAUCACUACUGAUCGCCAUCCUUCUGUCCGAAAGCACAUGCGUGAGAAUGAGCCAACCAUUGUCCAUGGAUUUGACAUCUGGCAUGUUGUAAAAGGGAUGAAGAAAAAGCUUGAAGCUGCAGCCAAUUCCCGUGCAUGUGCUGCCCUAAAACCAUGGGUGCAGCAUAUUUGUAACCACCUUUACUGGUGUAGUGGCAACUCUGAGGGGAAUACAGAGUUUCUGCUUAGCAUGUGGAGAAGUAUGAGCUUACGUACUCUAAUGAACUGUAUCGUCAUUCAGGAGACAGUGUAUAUUAACUAAGAGAUAAUGCAUCUAGG